UGGCAUUUGUCAGUGUCACCUUCGAUAUUGUCAAAAGUUGUCAUUCCUCGUCCUUCUGCAGAAGGAUUAUUAUCCGAAAAAGUCGGUUCUAACGACUUUUAAAUAGUGCUUUAUAGUGUGAGAUUCAGGUCUGAGGAAAGGGAAAAUGCAGUCCCAGGUGCUGAACGUAAUGGCGAAUUCCUUAAAGCCUACAACACUUAGGCUCCACAGAAACGUUGCAGCUAGCCUAUUUCAAAGAAUGUAUUCUUCAUCUACUGACGCUGAUAUCGUAGUAAUUGGAUCUGGACCCGGUGGCUACGUAGCCGCUAUUAAAGCAGCGCAAUUAGGACUCAAAACAGUAUGUAUAGAAAAAAAUCCCACACUAGGGGGCACUUGCUUAAACGUUGGGUGUAUUCCUUCCAAAGCCCUUUUGAACAAUUCCCAUUAUUACCACAUGGCACAUUCUGGCGAUUUGGCUAAACGAGGAAUCGAGAGUGACAAUAUUCGCUUAAACUUAGAUACACUUAUGGCCCAAAAAACCAAUUCAGUGUCGGCCCUAACCGGAGGCAUUGUGCAACUAUUCAAGAAAAACAAAGUAGAAUUGAUCAAAGGCCAUGGAAAGAUCACUGGUGUAAACCAAGUAACUGCCUUAAAAGAAGAUGGCUCUAGUGAAGUGGUGAAUACCAAAAACAUUUUAAUCGCCACAGGGUCGGAAGUGACUCCGUUCCCUGGAAUCGACAUUGAUGAAGAACAAAUUGUUUCAUCAACUGGGGCUUUGUCUCUUAAACGAGUACCAGAGAGGCUUAUUGUCAUCGGAGCUGGAGUUAUUGGAGUUGAAUUGGGCUCUGUAUGGUCCAGAUUGGGCUCCGAAGUAACCGCAAUUGAAUUUUUGCCAUCCAUAGGAGGUUUGGGCAUUGACCAAGAAGUUUCAAAGUCCUUCCAGAAAAUUCUUGCCAAGCAAGGCUUGAAAUUUAAAUUGGGAACAAAAGUCACCGGCGCAUCUAAAAGCGGUGGGGUUGUUAAAGUCAGUGUUCAAGAUGUUAAGGACAGCAGCAAAACCGAAGAUCUCGAGUGUGAAGUUCUGCUAGUUUCGGUUGGUAGAAGACCAUACACUGAAAAUCUUGGACUUGAGGAAAUGGGCAUUGAAAGAGACCAGAAGGGAAGAGUGCCUGUUAACUCCGUGUUCCAAACAGUAAUUCCAAAUAUUUACGCUAUUGGAGACUGUAUACAUGGGCCAAUGUUGGCUCACAAAGCAGAAGAUGAAGGAAUCAUAUGUGUGGAAGGGAUAUUGGGAGGAGCAGUUCACAUCGAUUACAAUUGUGUGCCAUCCGUAAUUUACACUCAUCCUGAAGUAGGAUGGGUGGGAAAGACUGAAGAGGAUCUUAAGAGUGAAGGGGUUGACUACAAAGUGGGCAAAUUCCCAUUCUUGGCCAAUUCAAGAGCGAAGACCAACAACGACACCGACGGCUUUGUUAAAGUCCUAUCAGACAAGGCAACUGAUCGAAUUUUGGGAACUCACAUCAUUGGGUCCAGUGCUGGCGAAUUAAUUAACGAAGCUGUUUUAGCACAGGAAUAUGGCGCGUCAGCCGAAGAUGUUGCCAGGGUUUGCCAUGCUCACCCAACCUGUGCUGAAGCACUGAGGGAGGCAAAUUUGAUGGCAUACUUUGGAAAACCAAUAAAUUUCUAAAUAAGCAAAAGUAAUAAGUAAACUGCCUAUUUGUAAAAUAUUCUUUUUUCUAUUCUAUUUCAUACAAUUGUCACCCGCAGUAUUAGCAUUUUUUUUAAUUUGACGCAAUUAAAAAAUAGUUAAAACAUCUUAUGAUAAAUAGGCGGUCUAUAUCUCAUUCUUCUUUUGUUAUCUUUGUAAAUAAGUUUUGUUGUAUUUUAAGCGGUCACUUCACUAAUGUCAUUUUAAGUGGGUAAUUAAAUACUUGGAAACGUGUUAAACAUGAAACCAGCCGGUUUUAAAUAUUAAAUAUUUAUUUAUUA